AUGAAUUAUUUUAAAGGACAUACUGAACAUUUUACGUUUGUAAAUACAAAAACCGAAGUUACCUCGAUCGCUCUCUCGUUUUAUUCUGGCCUUUUCGCGUAUAACGGAUGGAAUUAUUUAAACUUUGUAAUUGAAGAAUUAAAAGAUCCUAUACGAAACCUGCCAAGAGCGAUUGCAAUAUCAUGCAUACUCGUCACCGUCGUGUAUGUCUUCACUAAUAUAGCUUUUUAUACAACUUUGUCGCCACAAGAAGUCCUGACUUCAGAAGCUGUAGCUGUUACGUUCGCGGAGAGACUGUACGGUCCGAUGGCAUGGACUAUUCCCGUGUUUGUGGCUUUAUCUACAUUUGGGGCUGUUAACGGUAUUCUGCUGACAAGUUCAAGAUUGUUCUACGCCGGAGCUUGUGAGGGACAAAUGCCACAGAUCCUGACAAUGAUCCAAAUCAAUCGUCUGACACCCACACCGGCAGUCAUAUGCAUUUGCUUGCUGUCUCUGAUAUAUUUGCAAAUAUCUAACAUUUACGCUCUUAUCAAUUACGUGGGAUUCGCGACAUGGUUGAGCAUUGGUGUGUCGGUUUUGUGCAUACCCGUGCUGCGUUUCACUCAACCAGAUUUGCAGAGGCCGAUCAAAGUGAAUAUGUUCUUCCCGGUCGUGUACAUCGCCGCCACGCUUUUCGUGACUAUAAUACCGAUAAUCGCCAGUCCGGUCGAAACAGGGUACGGAUGUUUAAUGAUUUUGACCAGUAUACCGGUGUACGGUGUGUUCAUUUUUUGGAAAAACAAACCAAUGAUAUUCCACAAAAUCGUCGGGUGUUUAACACGUUACCUACAAAUACUUCUGAUGGUGACCACAUCAAAAAAUCCGGCCAAAGUUUGA